UAACCUCCACCCCUGCCUUUACUUUUAUUAGAUGUCUCAAAUACCAGGUGGUCCACAGCAGAGGUUUAUACCCUCUGUGAAGGUGUUGGUCAUUAUUUCGUCAGCAGCCUUUGCUUUUAUUUUGAAGGUAUCAAGUGCUCUUUUCCGGUGGGUUUAGGCCACUCACAGUAUCUUGACACAGUUGGAUGAACAAACUGCAGCCAGACUGGCGCCGCUAAGCUAACGAGGCAGACACGGACAACUUCUACCAGAUUUUACUGCAGCACGAACAGUUCCGUGUUUUUCUAAACUCAGCUGCACACGAGAAACAUCCAGAUCAGAAGCAGGUCGCUGACUCUGAACCGCUGAAGUGUCCACACACUGUAAAUACACUGAGGAAUAGAAGAUUUUGCCACGUCUCGCUCCGAUGAUGAGAAGUUUGUGAUCUACCUGCUGUACAGCUGAAUAGUGUUUCUUCCUGAUGAUGUGAAACUGAACCAACAACACACAAACUCUCAGAAAGUCCAUUCGGGGACACAAACCAAGAUGUCUAUCGCCAGCACUCCCACCAGCAACGAUGCCUGCCUGAGCAUCGUGCACAGCCUGAUGUGUCACAGGCAGGGGGGCGAGAGCGAGACGUUCGCCAAGCGGGCCAUCGAGAGCCUGGUGAAAAAGCUGAAGGAGAAAAAAGACGAGCUGGACUCUCUCAUCACCGCCAUCACCACCAACGGGGCCCAUCCCAGCAAGUGUGUGACCAUCCAGAGAACGCUAGACGGACGGCUGCAGGUGGCGGGACGAAAAGGGUUCCCACAUGUCAUCUAUGCCCGGCUGUGGAGAUGGCCCGACCUGCAUAAGAAUGAACUGAAGCACGUCAAAUACUGCCAGUUUGCCUUUGACCUCAAGUGUGACAGUGUGUGCGUCAACCCCUAUCACUAUGAGAGAGUGGUGUCUCCAAGCAUAGACUUGUCAGGACUGACCCUGAACAAUUCUGGAUCCAGCUCAGGAAUGAUAGUAAAGGAUGAGUACGAUUUUGACGGACAGCCGAGUUUGCCCUCCUUCGACGGGGGGCACUCCUUCCAGACCAUCCAGCACCCCCCAUCUGGCAGCCGGCCGGUCCCCUCUGAGGCGUUUGCAACCCCAAACCUGCUCCCACCUGCUGAGGCCUCCACGUCCGCCUCAUCAUCGUCCUUCCCCGCCAUCGCUGCUGGAUCAGGCGGUGCCAGCUCCACCUGGUCCAGGGGCAGCAGUUUCACCCCAAACACGCCGCACCAUACCAACGGUCAUCUACAGCACCACCCUCCUAUGCCAAAUCCAACACACUAUUGGCCGGUGCACAAUGAGCUCGCCUUUCAGCCGCCUAUAUCCAAUCAUCCAGCUCCUGACUACUGGUGUUCCAUUGCCUAUUUUGAGAUGGACGUUCAGGUGGGGGAGACGUUUAAAGUUCCCUCUUCUUGCCCCAUCGUGACAGUGGACGGUUAUGUGGACCCGUCGGGAGGCGACCGGUUCUGUUUGGGUCAGCUCAGUAACGUACAUCGCACUGAAGCCAUCGAAAGAGCCAGGCUUCACAUCGGUAAAGGGGUCCAGCUCGAGUGUAAAGGCGAGGGAGACGUGUGGGUGCGAUGCCUCAGUGACCACGCUGUGUUUGUCCAGAGUUACUACCUGGACAGAGAAGCGGGCCGGGCCCCCGGAGACGCUGUUCACAAAAUCUACCCCAGCGCAUACAUCAAGGUGUUUGACCUUCGACAGUGCCACAGACAGAUGCAGCAGCAGGCGGCCACAGCUCAAGCAGCAGCAGCAGCUCAGGCAGCAGCUGUGGCUGGAAAUAUACCUGGACCUGGAUCAGUAGGAGGCAUCGCUCCAGCUAUUAGUCUGUCAGCGGCGGCCGGUAUAGGGGUAGAUGACCUGCGGAGGCUGUGCAUCCUGAGGAUGAGUUUUGUUAAGGGCUGGGGACCAGACUACCCCCGCCAGAGCAUCAAGGAGACCCCAUGCUGGAUCGAGAUCCACCUGCACAGAGCUCUCCAGUUACUGGACGAGGUUCUGCACACGAUGCCUAUAGCAGACCCUCAACCACUGGACUAAACUGUUUCUAACUGCAGCAGUGUACUGAACCAGUGUAAGAGCCGUGAAGCUGUGACACUGAAACUGUCCCACAUGAGAAAAAUCCUUUGAGGUGUGUUUGAGGCUCUGGGAGGAGAAGUAAAUCCAGUCACACCAAAGCCAUAUAUGAAAGAUAUGUUCACCUAUAUUUCUGAUAGAUGGCUUUGAGUUGUGAUUGUGAGAGUAGAUGAGAUAUCACAAGUAGCUGCAGUCCUGAAGCACCACAACAUGCACAUCGAAGACCUGCAGGUCCCAUUAAAACUGGGAUGUUACACAGACUAAUCAUCGUCCCAGUAGUCAAAACCAUCAACGACUGACAGGUAUAGGAGUCAAUGAACAACGAGAACAUGUGAGCGCUGUGCAGCUGUGGGAUGAGACGCCGCACACAGAGCCUCUCGUAUCUAGUGUCUGCCGCUGCCUUUCUGCCCAUCACCUCUCUGCAGCUGUUACACUGAUCUACACCUGGGAGGACGAGCGAGUUCAGUCAUGUCGUCAGGAUGAACAGAAAAUCACUCGCGCUCUGAGCGGCAGGGAUCUCUGCUGGAUGUCUCGCUGAUCGCUGCCUCUCAGCCCACGGGGACCAGCCUGCUGGAUCAGGUCGUUCACAGACAUCCACUAACGUCAAAGAACGUGCGGCACUGAGAUUCUGGUUACAUCCAUAUUACUAUGGUUUCAUUUAAAAAAGCAUCAACUCUGCUACCAGGCGUCCACACUACUCUGGAGUGCUCGAGCUGCUAAAACAGAAGUUCAGAUAUCCUGCUGACUCUGUUUUAGUUUGAAAACUCUGGUUUCAGUCUGGUCGGGGAAAACGGUGAUGUUUGGAAAGUUGACACAGUCGCUUGUCGAUCGGGUAUUUUUGGUCACGACGUAGCCUUCGCUGUAGUAGUAUGGAUGAAGCUGUAUCACAGGGCAAGGGACAUGGUUUAUCAAUUGUCUCGUCCAGUCUGCUGGAGUUUAUCCACGUUUGUUAAAAUGUAGGUUUUCUCUAAUUUUAAUUAUUUUUUACUUGUAUUCGUUUAGAUUUUAUUGAGUUUUAUCUUCAGGCACACCUGACAGCCUGUACACAUACAUUUUUAAUCGGUGCAGCCCACGGUCUUGAUCCAGGUCUCUUGUUUUAGUUGGUUUACAGCGGUGUGAGGAUUUUUACCAGUUUCCCAGCAAUAUUGAUAUAUUUUAUUGGUUUUUAUUUUUGUUACUUUUAUUAAUUGCGUUAUAUUUUUGUAGCACUUUACUUUUUUUUCCUCUUGAUUUGAAUGAAAUAACCUUUAUUUUGUGACAUGAAUAAUAAGGGAGGGAAUAAGUUGGCGUAUAGUUGACAUAGGAUUGUUAGCAGCGACAACAUUAUAAUGCAAUCGUUUAAAAAAAAUACAAAUAAUCAGUUUUCACUCUAGACAUUUACACUAAUCUUUAGGGAUUCUUUGAGUUGUCAUUUUUCUUAUUGAUUUGCAGUUUUUUUCUGUUUAAUCCAUGUAAAUAACUUUGUUUUUUAAAUGCACGUCGAUAUUUGCAUGAACUUUUAAACGCAAAUAGAUCUUUUUAUCCCCACUCCUGUAUUUGGCAUGGGGUGCUUCACUCUGCCUGCAUUAGAUGAGGAAACUGGAUGAGUUGAAGAGGAGAACAUAAACACAGAGGGAAGCUACAUAGCCACAAUUCAUGUAAAUGAUUGAAUUUGAUUAUAAAAUCUCAACUUUUUAGCAGCAGAGCUCUUACAGAAAAUGUCUCCCAAGAUCAAAUUUUGUAAAAAUGAAGCAGCUCCUUCAGUAAAAUGAGUUCAAACAUAUAGUCUCUUUCUGUGCUUAUGUUGUAACGGGUAACACAAGAUUUGAUAUUGAUUUCAGCACGAGUGCCCUGUGCUGCAUGUGAUACCCUUUGUUACACUGCUUUUAAAGGCUUCUCUCAUAGAAUACACAGUGUCAUUUACAUACAAAUGCUUCAUUCAUUCUCCUCUUGUUGAGACUCGCAAACAUCCGAUCAUGUUCGAUAUUUUAUACUCCAAGUCUUUUUUUUUUGCACACUGUUUUUGUUGGUUAGAGCGACAGAGUAUUGGGGCCAUAUCGUAGAGAUGAAAUUCAGGUAUUUUGAGAAUACUAUUACUAGAAAAUGGUCUUGACUGAUAGAAAAAUUUUAACUUAAUGAGGAAAAAAGGUUGUAUUAGCAUAAUAAAGGAAAUACCCAGAGAGGAGAACUCGUGCUCUCCAGAGUUCCACUUCUUAUGGAUCCAAAACCAUCCAAUUGUUUUGAUAAACUACGAAACCUCUUUGAAUAUCAGGCAAUGUAACCAACGAUAUUCUCCUCUGAGAAGAAACAAGUUCCUCCAAUUUGUUUGGUUCUUUCUUCGGAAUAGACUCUUAAUUUCUCACGCAAUCUUUUCAAAGUCCUGAAACUUAUAUCGUGGUGCUGAUGUGACAAUAAAUUCAAGAUUUAGUUAUUUCAGAUAAUUGUAGUAUAAGUUGCUCCACGUUCUCUUAUUAACAGACAGGAUGAUAAUCUCAUAUUCCUCAAAAAGGACUAAAAUUAGUUUUAUCCUCAUAAAAUAACUAUUAUUAAAAUAACUAAUAUUAUUCUCAAAGUCUGGGUUUUUCCCCUUUAAGUGGCCCUAAUCCUCCAUUGUAAGUCACUGUUGACUUACAUUUGUUCUAGGUUAAGUUUGGGUCUUUUCAUCAGAGGACAUUUUUAACGUUUGUUUCCUGCCGAGUGAUUCUUCAUGUCCUCUGUUCCAUUCUCCUGUUUCACUAAAGCUAAUCAUUGUACAAGGAGUUUCUACAUCAGGGAAGAAAAGAGUCAACGCUUGAGGUUUAUUCACAUAAUUAUGCAUCUGAUUUAUCGAGUGGCAGGAAGAGAGGUAUUUGAAAGAAAUGAGGCCGAACUCUGGAGAAACUGUUAUAUCCUGUUUGACUUUGCGCUGGACAGAGGUUUUCUAUUAGUUGCCGUUAUUAGGAGCCUGAAGACACAGUUGGGAUGAACUGAUGUUGACUACUAUGACAGAUGAAUUUUACCUGUAUUUCUUAUGUGAAAGACUAUAAUUAAACAUGGCCUGAUA